CCACCAAUGGCAAAACGGUGUUUACGGAAACUGUUUUACAUUCAAUUCCGUGUUUUACAACGCUUCUGAAGACUUUGUGGACUUAUCCGGGAGACAGCGGAUGAAGCACGUGAAAGUCACCACACACUACGGAGCCAGGUAUGGCCUCCGACUAAUGCUCAGUCCAGAUCUCGAGGAAUAUAUCCCAGCAGUGACCCCCGGCCACGGAGUCAGAGUCUCGAUACAUCAUCCUCGUACAGUGCCCUUUCCAGAAGAUACUGGACUGAAUGUUCCGAUUAACUCGAGGACGUCAAUACGAGUUACUAUGAAUGAUAUAGCUCGUGUAAAGGAGCCACAUGGGAACUGCACAUCGGACGAUGAGUGGAAUAAAAACUACGUGGGAGCCUAUACGUCAGAGGGCUGUGUGAACGUCUGCCUGGAGAGGCGGAUCAGGGAGCGCUGUCACUGUAUUCGGAUGUUGAACACCAUACUUACCAACGGCGAUGAUGACGAUAUGGUCAGGUGUAACCCUACCAAUAGCACACAAGACCAGUGUGUUGCGGUGGUUCGCGUUAACUUUCUGCAGAACAAGGAGCCCUGUGUAUGCUUCAAUCCGUGUUCGGAGCGUCGUUACGACACAUCGCUGUCUUUUAAUGGCGACAACCACAACUUCUCGGACAUUCUGGCGCCUCUGAAAGAAGUGCUCAUCCCUCUGGAUCCUGUGAAGAUUCAUGUCUAUAUGGAAUCCCUUUCAGCUUCGCUCAUCAAAGAAGCACCGGCAUUCACGCCGUUCACCCUGAUCUCAAACAUCGGCGGCUCCUUCGGACUGUUCGUUGGCCUCUCGCUCGUGACCGUCGUCGAAAUCCUUGAGUUUCUCUUUGAUUUCUGCGUGAUGAUGGUCCCUCGUACCCGCCGCGCACAUGCGGUGAAAAAGGGCGUCGCGCCUGCCGCCUAGCGGCGAUGGAAGGAACUGUAAUGUUAUCAAGUCGAACACAGAUGGGCCUACUGUUAUGUUGUGAGGCGUGAUAUUUGUUUGAGAAGGUAGCGAGCUGUUAAUGAAAUUGAACUUAAUGUUGCUAGAAAUGUGUGGCUUAUGAGCGAUUGCUUUUAAUUAAUUUAUUCAUUGUUUUCGUUACAUUAUAUUAAUCAUUAGGAGGUGAUGAACAAGGGCUCUUUUUAUUAACUAUUUUUAUGUGACCUGUGCCGUCAUUAAAUCGGAAUGGUGACAUUUUGUUGAUGUUUAUUAUUUGUUAGCCUUAAUGAGCUCUUGAUGUUUCGAUGAAAUAGGUUAACAGUUCCAUAAUUUUCUUCUUUACCUUCUUCACAUUGCUUUUGCAUCGCACCACUAAUUGUACUAUAUCUUCAAGUGUUAUAUAAAUGACAGCCAGUAGUUUUAGGAUCAGGCGACCCUACGCACAUGUGUAUUGACCGUUGACGGGGACAACCACAGUGGAAAUGUAUCGAGUGCUGUUACCAUAUGACAUAUCUUGCUGUCUAGCUAAUAAUCAUCUCUAGGUAUAAGUAUGCUUAUCGAUAAGUGUCGUGUUGUGUUGUAAUACCUAUGCUGGUUACCGGGCAGUGCCUUGAGC